AAGCCGAAACACUGCUGCAUUCCCAGGGUAUCACUAGGACUUGUCUACAAUAUCACUGGAGAAUGGCAGCAUCUGACAGAAUAAUGCUGGGGCCGUUGGUGGGAGCCAUUGACCAGGGGACAAGCUCUACUAGGUUUUUGGUUUUUAAUGCAAAAACAGCAGAAUUAUUGAGUCACCAUCAAGUGGAGAUCAAACAGAAAUUUCCCAAAGAAGGGUGGGUGGAGCAGGACCCCAAGCAGAUCUUGCAAUCUGUCUAUGAGUGCAUGGAAAGGACGUGUGAGAAACUCACCCAGCUUGGUAUUGACAUAUCCAACAUCAAAGCAAUUGGAGUCAGCAAUCAAAGAGAAACAACAGUUGUGUGGGACAAGAUAACUGGAGAACCUCUCUAUAAUGCUAUUGUUUGGCUGGACCUGAGAACUCAAUCCACAGUAGAGCGGCUAAUAAACAGAACACCAGGGAAAAACAAGAACCACCUGAAACACAAGACCGGCCUCCCCAUCAGUACCUACUUCAGUGCUGUGAAGCUUCGAUGGCUCAUGGACAAUGUGGAUGGAGUCAGGAGUGCAGUUCACAGCGGUCGUGCUAUGUUUGGUACCAUUGACUCCUGGCUUAUUUGGAGCUUAACAGGUGCCAAGAAUGGUGGCGUUCACUGCACAGACGUGACCAAUGCAAGCAGGACGAUGCUGUUCAAUGUUCACACGUUAGACUGGGAUCCUGAACUUUGUCAAUUUUUUGACAUUCCAGUGGAAAUUCUUCCAAAAGUGAGAAGUUCCUCUGAAAUAUAUGGCCUAAUCAAAUCUGGUUCUCUCACUGGCGUUCCUAUUUCUGGGUGUUUGGGUGACCAGUCUGCAGCUUUAGUUGGGCAGAUGUGCUUUAAAGAUGGACAAGCAAAAAAUACGUCCUUGAGACCAAGUUUCAUGUUGAUUGCCAUGGGCUGUACCCUCCCAAGGGCAUAUAUAUCCUUCCAAUGUUACAGUGACCCAAUCUGCCCACAAUACACUAGGUAUGGAACUGGUUGCUUUUUGCUUUAUAAUACUGGCCAGAAGCCUGUGAUGUCUGAGCAUGGACUUCUGACAACUGUUGCAUACAAGCUUGGGAGAGACAAGCCUGCCUGUUAUGCAUUAGAGGGAUCUGUGGCUAUAGCAGGAGCUGUGAUACGCUGGCUGAAAGAUAAUCUGGGAAUUAUACAGUCUCCAGAAGAAGUUGAAAAACUAGCUGCUUCUGUGGGCACUUCCUAUGGCUGCUAUUUUGUCCCUGCAUUCUCUGGUCUAUAUGCACCAUACUGGGAACCUAGCGCUAGAGGGAUCAUCUGUGGCCUUACUCAGUUUACUAAUAGAAGUCACAUUGCAUUUGCUGCUUUAGAGGCAGUCUGCUUUCAGACACGAGAGAUUUUGGAUGCUAUGAACAAGGACAGCGGGAUUCCUCUAAAGCAACUGCAGGUAGACGGAGGAAUGACAAACAAUAAGCUACUGAUGCAGCUGCAGGCAGAUAUCCUCUGCAUCCCAGUAGUGAAGCCGUCCAUGCCAGAGACCACAGCCCUCGGUGCAGCUAUGGCAGCAGGAGCUGCUGAAGGGGUCCAGGUGUGGAGUCUGGAGCCUGAAGACCUCACCGCAGUGACCUGCGAGAGAUUUGAGCCACAGAUUAACCCAGAAGAGAGUGAAUUUCGAUACGCCCGGUGGAAGAAAGCUGUAGCUAAGUCUAUGAACUGGGAGACCACGACGCCUUUGAAUUGCAACGGGUUAAAAAAAUAAGCAACGGUUCGAUUUGCUUGUUUUGAAGUCUGCUUUCCAUACGUCAAAGAUCCAGGUUUGCCUCUGCAUGUGAUGGAGCCUUCUGGGAAGAAACAAAACCCAUUCCAAGUUUACAGACCAUCACCAGCCCUCCUUAACAUUUCCCUGCUGCCUUGUUGAAGUGUGUUUGGACUUAAUUAUUGUGUCUUACUUUAUAUUUAUAUUUAAAAUAAAUAAAUACAUAUAUUUUAAAUAAUUUGAUUAAAUGAUUUUGGGACGGUGAUGGCAGAAUACAUUGUUUCCUCGUUUUACAAAUAUUUCUGCUAGUAUUGGAGGUAACUUUACUAUAGAUAUUUAAAAUUAAAAGCUUUCCUGGGUCCUCAUUGAAUCUGAACUGCAGCUU